AUGCCUCCCAAAAUUACUAAAGACGAUGAUGCUAUUGCCAUUCUUACCACCAAAAUCACUGAGUUACAAUCCAAAUUUGAGUCCCAAGCUGAACUUUUCGAUUCUCGUUAUUCUUCUAUGGAAUCAGCAAUGACUAGCAAUCAAGAAUCCCUCUCGGCUAUUAUGCACACCUUACUUGAUCAUUUUGUGUCCCCUUCAUCCUCCUUGGAUGCAUCCCCAAUUCCUCCUGACCCACCUCCUAAUUUUAAUAACCCUACCCAUAUGGCCGUCCCAUCAUCCUUACCCUAUUUGUCCCAGCCGCCUUUUCCCUAUAUUGAUCCAUCCUUUCCUAGACCACCUCCACUUUUUACUCAACAUUUAGGCCCUAGACCCUUUCACCAAACCGCUAUUCCGACAUUUUCUACCACUACCACCACACCUCCCACUAUACCGUUUACUACCUCUACCACUAGACCUACGACAUCCCUUUUCCCAGCCCACCAUUCUCCACCUCCUUUACCACCUUUUCCUAACCCUCCAAUUUGCCCUCCUAAACUCCAACUUCUUACUUUUGAUGGUUUAGAGCCUCUUGAUUGGCUUUUUUCAGGCUGA